AUGAAAGAAAUAAUAUUGUUCAUAACUGCUGUGCUAUUAGCUUAUGGUAUUCAUUAUUAUUGGGUUUCGUUGCCUAUAGUUACUGGAUAUGUGGCUAAACAUAUAUGUUCAUCGGUAUUCAUAGCUGAUCGUAGUGAAGAACAAUAUCGAGAAGAUCUUGAUGGUUUUCCUAUGAAAUAUGCAAAAUUUAAUAUUAAUUACACUGAUUUAUCAGUAACUAGUUCUAUAUUUGGAUUGGCUCAAAUAAAAGCGAUCUAUCGGAAUAGACUCGGUGCAACAUUAAUUAAUGAAUUAACAGAAGAAGAAAUUCGUAAUCAAAAAUUUAAUGUCGAAAUAUCAUCUGAUAUAAAUCAAGAUCAAAUUCCAUGGUCCAUGGGUGAUCAGAUAGAUGUUGAAAGGUUUCCAUCAAAUAUCAAUAAAACACAAUUGGAAAAUGCGAUCAAUGAUUUAUUUAUUGAAAAAGAUCUAGUUAAUCUUAUUCGUACACGAGCGAUCAUUGUUUUGUAUGAUGGAAAACUGAUAAGCGAAAAAUAUGCUCUAGGUUUUUCAAGAAAAUCGAAAUUUUUAGGUUGGAGUAUGACGAAAAGUAUAAUUAAUACACUUAUUGGAAUUUUGGUAAAAGAUAAAAAAUUAAAUAUCGAUGAGUUUGCUCCCGUACCUGAAUGGAAUAAUCCUAAUGAUCCUCGUCAUUCAAUAACAAUAAAACAUUUACUACAACAAACAAGUGGUUUAGAUUUUAACGAAAAUUAUCUUACGAAAAGUGAUGUAACACAAAUGAUAUUUCAAACUAGUGAUAUGGCUGCAUUUGCUGCUUCACAUCCAUUAAAAUAUAAACCAGGUACUCAUUGUUAUUAUACUAGUGGAAGUACGAAUAUAUUAUCACGAAUUAUUCGUCAUACAGUUGGUGAAAAUGAAUAUCAUUCAUUUCCGUAUCGAAGAUUAUUUUCUAAACUUGGUAUGAAAAGUUUUAUUAUGGAAGUUGAUGGAUCGGGAACUUUUGUUGGUUCAUCUUAUUCAUGGGGUACUGCUCGUGAUUGGGCACGAUUUGGUUUAUUAUAUUUAAAUAAUGGAUAUUAUAACCAUGAACAAAUCUUAUCUGAAGAAUGGAUAAAACAAUCUGUAACAUAUGUUGGUUCCAAUCAAUAUGGUCAAUAUGGACUUCAUAUGUGGUUAAAUACAGAAAAAAAUAAUGAUUCAUCUACACGAAAAUUUCCAAAUGUACCUGUAGAUACGUUUUAUGCAAGUGGUUUUAAUGGACAAAAUGUAUUUAUUAUUCCAUCGAAAAAAUUAGUCAUCGUUCGUUUCGGUUUAACAAGAACACCUAACGAAGAAUAUGGUGCAAAUCAAUUUUUAAAAAAUGUUAUUAGUUCAAUUAAUUUAUAA